AACUUCCCCACUAGAGCUUCCGGUACCCUCGUGGUGUCAUUUCCUAUUUGGUAGGCGGCUAUUUAGAACAGAAGAAGAUGAGUGCUAGCUGGAGCCGCCUGGAGAGGCUUAAAGAGUGGAAGAGACGGGGGCGGAGGGGUGUGGAUUGGGUCACGCUGCGUGGCCGCUUACUGCCGGUGAAAGAUACGGUCUCAGACGCCGGUGGCUCAGAUACGGAGGACGAUGCAGAUCCGCACGAUGUGUCGGAUGCGGACUUCAUGGACGCAGAUGAAAUUGAGAGCGGAGCCGCACAAGUCACCUCCCGGGCUCCCCAGAACACCCGAGUGAAAAUUAAAACCGUCGAUUCUAAAGAGUAUUUAGUGACUGGAUUCUUUCUAGUUGUGGAUCCUUGGUGGUCCGUAAUUGUGGAUGUGAGGCAAAGUUGUUCUCAGUACUUUGCAGUCGGAUAUCCAUCAUAUGAGCUGAAAGAUGAUGUGCUGGGAAAAGAGUCCAUCCUCCCGUUGUUUCUAACCGCAUGUGGCAUAGCAGCUGAUCACAAACAGGCCUUCAUAGACUGGCUGCAGCAUUAUCCUCCUGUCACUUUCAGCAGACUGAAGGUUCUAGCAGCGGAAUUUACAGAACAAUGCAAUAUAAAUAUCUUGCCUUACAUGGAGAAUUUCAGUUCUGGUGCAUUUGUAUUGAAGGCAAUAGAAAUUCCUCUGGUACUGAGGUAUUUACCAAAGUUGUUACCACACAAAGUGAGAAACUUGCUAAUGUUAGAUACUCAGGAUCAGAAACCUUGCAAAAGAACUCCACUUGACAAACUACCUGCCAUUGAGAGGAUGUUGGCUACUGAACCUUGGAAACUUGGGUUUGGUCGAUUAGUUUACCAGGAGCUGCAUCUUUUUGGAUGUGAGGCAACAUGGGAUCGCUUUCUUCAAUGUGAUGGUCUCCUGGAACAGAUUCCUGAUUUACAGAUUAAUGCAUUAAUUAUUUACAAUGAACUGAAGAAGAAAUGCAUGGAGCUAGGUGACACCUAUGUAGAGCAGCAUGAACUUACUACUGUUGUUUCAAGAGACAUGUCCACCGUGGAUGCAUGGGAAGCAAUCAAGUUUCUAAAAGAUACAGAAAUUGUGUUUAUUGAACAACAGAGAGUUUUCCUGUACAACUUGCACUGUUAUGAAAUGGAAAUUGCAGAAUAUAUCAAAGAGUUGGUAAUGAGAAAAUCCUGGAAUAUGGACAUUGAUGAAAGUGAUGUGUUACAGUUUGUUAAGCCUCCAAGAGAGGAGGGAAAGGAGGCAGAUACUCAUGUGAGUAACCACAACCCUAUACAUAGUGAUGGGGAUGCUUCUGUAAAUCUAUCUAAUGGCACAGCCACUGCAGAACCAACCUCUUCAACAAAUCUAGAUAUUGACCAGCGGAGAGCAGUGAAAAUGAUUCUUGCUAACCCAGUGACCAUUAUAAGUGGGAAAGGUGGUUGCGGGAAGACCACGGUAGUAAGUCAGGUGUUCAUGACCAUGAUGAGGAAGGAGAAUAGUGAAGUUGAACAAGCCUGUUUAGCCCUUGAGGGUGACCAUGAUGCUUCAGGUGAAUGGACAUAUGCUGCAGUGACCGCUGAUUUUAAGAAUGAGGCUCACAUACGUACCUUACUUACUGCACCCACUGGAAAAGCAGCUGCUCUACUAAAGAAAAAAACAGGCCUUCCUGCUGCCACCUUACACCAGGUUACAUGGAGCUAUUCUGGCUGGCUGAAGCAAGACUCCAGUGAUAAGAAAGCCUGGAAGUUCUCCAAAGUGGAGUCCUUGGUGGUGGAUGAAGGCAGUUUGGUGUCUGUUCGUAUACUCAGCGCUGUCUUGAAAUUGCUAUAUAAACAUGCCAGACUCUCUAAACUAGUUAUUCUAGGAGAUGUUCGUCAGUUGCCAAGCAUUGAACCAGGAAACUUGUUAGCUGAUAUUUUUGCUUCUUUGAGCAAAAUUAACUGGACAAUUGAGCUGAGAACCAAUCACAGGGCAGAGUCUCAGCUCAUUGUGGAUAAUGCAACAUGGAUAUCUCAGCAAAGCAAUGUGAACUUUGACGCCGUGGUACAUAUUAAGGGGGACUCGAGCACUGCAAUGCCCAAUGAAGAUAAGAAAUUCAUUUUAAUUUCCCUGGCUAGUAAUUCAGACUCUGAUUUGUACACUGCUAUAAAUACAUUACUUCAGAAUGGACCUGGAUUACAGGAUCAUGAGCACUCGCAGUUCAUUGCAUUUAGGAGGAACGAUUGUUUGUUGAUCAACGAACUCUGCUGCAAACACUACUCCGGACAUACAAUCAAGAAUCAUAGAAACAGAUUGGAAUUCAGAUGUGGUGACAAGGUAUGCUGCACUAAAAAUGCUUAUGUCAAAGACCUACUAAGCAGAAACAGACAUUCUUUAAAAGAACCAAGCAAGCUGUCUCUCAGUGGAACUGCCAGCCUUAGUCAGCCUCAAUCAGAAGAGCCUAGACCAAGAAAAGGCAGUGCUGACCGCAAUAAAGAGGCCCAGGAAAAGGAUCUGGAUGAAGAUGACAGGCUAUGUAAUGGAGAAUUGUUUUUUAUAGUUGACGAUGUUGAAAGAGACAAAAUUCGUGAAAUAUCCUUAUUUGAUGGACAAGAUCGAACUUAUACCCUGAACUAUAAAGCGCUUAGAAUUCUGAGUGGGUUACAGCAUGGCUGGGCUAGGACCAUUCAUACGUUUCAGGGCUCAGAAGAGGACACUGUUGUGUAUGUGUUAGGUGCUGCUGGUAGGCAAAACUGGAAACAUGUAUACACUGCUGUUACACGAGGUCGCAAGCGUGUAUAUAUAAUUGCAAAGGAAGCUCAGCUCGAUCAAGCAAUUGCCAAUAAAUCCCGUGAGAGAAAAACACGAUUACAGCAGCGUCUGAAAGAUGUUCUGGCUCAAAGUAGAGCCAGUUCCCAGCCAGCUGUCUCCCUGCCUACAAAGCCAAUGAGUACUCAAGAGGCAGGAGACAAAGAGCCAAGUGUCCUCAUGGCUCCAAAUGAACUGUUAUACACGCAGCUUAAAACGCCACCCCGUAUUAAAUGCCAACCUAUACCUACCACACCUGAAUCCAAGAAAGAUUGUAUGGCUAGAGCUGAUUGUACAGUCCACACAGCGUCACCUGGCUCUUCACAGCAGUGUAGUGGAUCUGCCUCAACAAAGAGGACAGGAAUUCCUGCAGUUUGCUCCGAGACUCCUCCCAAACUGUGUCGUGCUGGCAACCUUAUGGAUAUUCAAGAAGUCUCUCCCUCAGAUCAGACUAAACUUCAAAACCUGAGUAUCCACAGCCCUUGCCAGAAGGAGCUCUUCAAGCCUUGAGUAUCAAUGGGCCUAGGUAGUGAAACAUGCCAGCUAGUAUCAAGGCCUGGGACUGUGUGCCUUUCUAGAGUGUCUCCAUAGCUGAACUUUCUUUUAUGUCAGUGGAUGGAAUAUAAAUGGGAAUACCUGCACUGCUAUAGACAUUUCUCGAAAUUAUGAUUAUUAAUGGCAUUUUGUAGGACGAGAACAAAUUAAAGAUUUUCCAAUAUAGAAAAUAAUGAAUGCUGUUGGGAAUAGUAGAUCUGUGGCUGUUGACCACACCUCAAUGAUGUUGUGGGGUGAGGUCAAAAACCAAAGAACUUAACAAGAUUAAAAAAAACUUUUUUUAUUCA